GUUCGGACCAAAGCCGACGGGAUCGCCCCACGCAGUGUGUUCGAUGCAUGCCGCAUCUCACCAGCUCACUUUCCAUUCUGUUCUUCUGUUUGAUUUCAUUUACCACUUUUAGCUCUAUUAUACCGCCACUUCGCUCGUCCUCAGCACCUCUCUAUACGCAUCACCCACCAUGUGGUUGAUGAAACGGUCCAGAAUGGACAACCACGCAGAGCUGCCCGAGAACCGCACGCAACAACUCCCAAUUCAGCAUAUUGCCAACUUCUCAUAUCCUCGUACCGAUUUCGUUCACCUAUACCACCGAAUCCCGUCAGAUGCUCGGGACUCCCGCGGACCUGAGUCCUCACCUCCACCGAUGGUGGAAGAUCACGGAUCGGAUAUGUCGGCAGAUGAUGACUCCCAGUAUCUUGCCACAGGACCGGACUUCUGGGACUCGCGGCACGCAAGGGAGCAUGAGGCGAGGAAACCAGACUAUCCGGCACUUAUCAAGCCCCCCCCUGGAACUCAAUCUUCAAAACCUGCAAUAACCCAGGAGAACCCACGCAUGAGUGACCCGUCGAGCUGGGGAAGUCAAAGCAGCCCGGUAAUUCGGCCUGCAGCGGUUGGGUCUUUCUCGGAUAAAGAGGCCCAUGUCCCACAGCCUCCGCCAAAAGUAUCCUACUCCUUGUUUCCUCCACCUUGCCCUGCUCAGAGGCGGCCUCCCGUGCGUUCACAGAUCCCUUCGGUCCCACGGCAGUCGAGGCUGGAACCUUCGCCGCAUUCUCUUGAUUUCCCGCCAACACCCAAUUCACGCAGCGCCAUUGCAGACGGGAAAGGCAACGCAAUCUCAUCAUUCGGGCCAGGCUCGCCGCAAACUGCCACGCCUCGUUCUGCACAUGGCGGCUCCAUCGCAGCAAGCUCGUCCAACUCAAUACCGCUGCUUCUCCGCAGUCCUGGACCAACUCCUCCAGAUUCUCCUGGCGGCACAUCGUCCUCUUUCGAGGCACCCAGGUCUUCUGAUGCUCCGAGGUACCCCGUAAGACUCAGAACAUCCUCUCCCUCACAGCGCGAAUUUCCAUUAUCCAAGAAUGCAACUCGAUCCACGCCAUCACUUGCCAGCCACGCCAAGGCUCAUCAGCAAGGUCAUGCGCCAGACGCUCAUGACAAACCGCUCACCCGAGCAGAUCUCUAUGCCCGGCCUCUCCCGCCACUGCCCACGGAGCCGCCUCCUCCACUUGUUUCCCCACCGCAUGUCUCCGUCUUCGAACCCGACUCGGACGACGAGGACGAGGAAUUAGAUUCCCGGCCAGGCAGCGGUGACUCCAAAAACUUUGCCCGUCGGUUCAUGCACGGGUUAGUACAUCACCACUACCACCACGACAAGAAGGGGAAAGGGCUGUUGCCGGAUCACAAGCGCAGCGUGAGCGACGAGGGCCCGUCCUCGUCUUUAGAGGACAGAAACUGCGGCAGUAGCAUGAGCGGCAUCUACCGCACUAUCAACGUUGCAAGACACCGGCGUGGCGGAGCCGUCGAAGCUGCUUCUGCGGCGAGGUGUGCUGUCAGUAUGGACUUGCCCAGGGACGUCGCGGGCAAUCAUCAGGAUCAGCAGACUGCGGAAGGCCCGGAGAGACACGGGAGGUUUUGGGCCGCCAAGGAGAGUGGGGAGAUGCUGUUGGGGAAGAUACUCAUGAGGAAGGGUUGAAUACGCCUGUUUCUGAGUGCUUGCCACUCAUUACAUCUUCUUUUCUUUUGUUUCCCCUCCAUCUGUCCUCUUCAUCUCGCUCUUUUUCCACUUUCCUGGACUGUCUAGGCUGGUUAUUUUGUUUCAAGGCGCGGGAACCGCAGGGUUGGAAGAAGUUCCGGCAACGUCCUCCUCUCUUCUGUUCAACCCCUUCUACGGGACUUUCCUAUGUUUCUCUUUUCCGUACUCUUUACGCUUUC